UUGUAACGUAUAAGGUUGGUCGACUUGCAUCUUUUUGAAACGUGUUUCAUGCCUUAUGGAUCCUGAGGUUGGUCGUGUGAUCUAUUGGAACGCGGAUUUGAUUUGCAUUACUUUAAAUUUGAAUCGUAAUUAUGUCUUCAGGGAAGAAAGGGAAAAAGAAGAAGUGCAAAACGGUCGAUUUAAUGUCAUUCCUGGCUGAUGGGGGUGGAACACCCACUGUGCCAGUUAAACCAUUGACUAGUUGGAUAGAUGAAAUGGAAGAAGAACAUGAAGGUUUUUCAUCAAGAAGUAGUAAAGAACCAGUAAUUCUACCCACUGCUCCGAGAGCUGCAAGAGGCCCCCGGGUGGCCGAUGAAGAUAUUCCUUCUAAUCCACCAUAUGUAGCAUAUCUUUCUAAUCUUCCUUAUGAAGUGGACGAAGUAUAUCUAACAGAAUUUUUUUCAAACAUGAAGAUUUCUAACAUACGUUUACCGAAAGAUUCUAACAAACUUAAAGGGUAUGGAUACGUUGAAUUUGAAGACCGUCAAAGUUUAAUUGAUGCUCUUUGUUUAUCUAAUACACCUAUGAAAACAAGAAGAGUACGAAUUGAUAUUUCAAAUAGUGUUAAUGAUGAUCGUCGUGGAGGUCGAAUGGGCCGAGAUAAUCGUAGAGAUAAUGAUUAUGAUUCUGAGCGUACGUCUGGAGAUUGGAGAAGUGGUCCAAGAGAUGAAAAUUUAGCAUCAGAUGGAGAUUCAUAUCGGAGUCGAUAUGAUAACAGAGAUCGAAGAGAUGACCGUGAAAGUUCUGACUAUGAUAAUAAACCAGGUGCGUGGCGUGAAAAUAGUGAUAGAGCGAGACCAACGUUCAGAGACAGAGGGGGUUUUAGAGACGACGAAAAAGAUAGAGAAUGGUCUCGCUAUGACAAAGGUAGCAGAGAUCGAGAUGGAGACAGAGGAAGUAGUUUUGGUCCGCGACGUAAUUAUGGUGAUUCUGAUUGGGAUCGCGAUGGCCUACGUAGGCAAGGGAAGCCUCCUAUAGAUAAUAAAUCUGAAUUAAGGACUAGGCCGAAAUUACAACUACAACCUCGUACUAAACCAAUUGAUCCUAUUGUUGUGAAAGAAGAACAGCAAUCUGCAGCUCCACCUGCUGCUGCACCCGCUUCUUCGACAAAUAUAUUUGGUGCUGCAAAACCUGUAGAUACCACUGCUAGGGAAAGGGAAAUAGAGGAACGGCUUGCGAAAUCGUACGCCGAAUCAAAAUCCAAAGAAGAUGGAGAGAAAGAACGCAGUUCUAAAGAAGGUACUUGGGGCAAACGUAAUGGAGAGGGUCGGGAGGAAAGAGAAAGGGGUCGGCAAACGUGGCGAUCGGAAGAUGACAGAAGCCGACGAAAUGAAAGAUCGGCUCCACGAAGUCAACCUGCUUAUCCUGAUCAAUACGGAGAGUCCAAAGGUCAACCUGUUUCUCGUGGCGGACGACCAUCGUCUAGAGGUCCUCCAAAAUCAAAUGAUACUCGUGGAGGAGAGAGAGAUCGAAGAGAUAGAGAAAAAGAUGUCAGUAGAAUGCCAAAAGCAAAAGAUGAACAAGCUCCAAAUUUUGUAGCUUCCAACAAGUAUUCCAUGUUACCUGAUGAUGUGGAUCCCGACAAUAUCGAUGAUUAGUUCUAAUCAUUAUACAUCACCAAUUAAAUUGUGCCACAUGCAUCAUAAUUGGUCUAUAUAUUCAUAUUAUUAAUUUGUUUUAUCUAUAUUAAAUACUUAUCGAAUUGAUUCAUGAAUCAAACUCUAAGCUCUUGGUAUUACUUUACAAGAAUUAUUGUUAAUUUAUAUUUAAUCUAUUUUAUUACUCGUAAUAUAAUAACCUAUCUACAUAUGUAUUUACUUUAUAUUUCGAUAUAAAUGUUCAAUCGAUCAUUAAAUCGAUGUUAAAAUUCGGAUAACUUUAAAGAAUUAUAAUGAUUUUUUAAAUAUUCAAUUCUGAAGAUAAUUACAUCUAUAAGACUUAGGAAUUGGGACUUUAUACGUCAUAUUUUAUCCACUGUACAGUUAUUGUACAAUAUGUAACUCAUUUACAUGUAAAAUAAUGCCAAUUUAGGAGGAAAACAAUUAAAAUAAUAAGUGUAAUGGGAACUUGAGUGAUGUAUUAUAUUCUAUUGCCUGGAAUUCAAUAUUUCACAAAAUCGUUGAUAAUUAUAAAAAGGAGUAAUUGCAACAUAAUUAAACAUCGAAAGAUUGAUACCAUAAAAUAAGUACGAUAAAGUCUAAGCCAUAAUAUAGCAUAGAAGUCACUAUAUUAAUAGUCAUCGUAUCAUGACAAUAUAAGGAAGCAUAUAUGACUGAACAAUAAAAAUUUUGUUACAAUCAUUUUAUUAUAAUAAUGUUUCUAAAUAAUUAUGCUCUAAACAUUUAUAUAUAUAUUAAAAAUUAUGUAUUUACAAUCUUUUUUUGAGAUAUGUACAUACUGACUUAAUUUCCAUUUACUGCUGAGUAGUUUGUGCUAAUUGGCGUAACUGUUUCAAUACAGUCUCUAAAAGUUUUUUCUUAUCCCGUUCGCUUUUCUUUAAUACAGAAAAUACUGUUUUUUUGUCAGAUUCUUUUAAUCUGCAAACAUAAUACGUUUAAAAUGUAGAUAUUAAUAAUGUAGGACAGUAUUACAUGAAAUGAAAAAGCAUGGUACAUACUUCUCUAACAAAAGUACAGCCAUGUUUGGAGUCACCAGAUGAUAUUUACUUGAGUCAUGACCAUAGUCAUGAAAAUAAGUAGGCCAGUCCCAACUCAUAAAUAAGUCUAGUAAUUGUCUUAAUUGUGCAAAAUGUUGAAGUAAGGUACCUUCGGGUAAACCAGAAACAGGUUCCGAGGCAGCAAAUUCUAAAAAUUAAAAGAUUUUUUCUAAUUUAUGUUCGAAUCAAUUCAAUAUCGCCACAAAAUAUUUUGUAAUCAUAUAUUGUACAUCUUAUUUAAGAAUAAAAAACGGAAACACGUA